UUUCUGCAUCAUAACUUCACUCUCUAAUAAUCUAUAAGAAAAUGAAAAUGAUAAUCCAUAUUUUCUUCACCCUUUCCUUCGUUUCAUCCAUAUCUUUUGCCUCAGUUCAAGACUUUUGUGUAGCUGAUCCAAAGGGUCCCCAAAGCCCAUCAGGAUACUCUUGCAAGAACCCUGACCAGGUCACCGAGAAUGACUUCGCAUUCUCUGGUCUAGGCAAAGCUGGAAACACUUCCAACAUCAUUAAAGCUGCAGUGACUCCGGCCUUUGCUCCUGCGUUCGCAGGCACCAAUGGACUUGGCGUCUCAAUGGCUCGUCUUGACUUAGCCAGCGGUGGUGUCAUUCCUCUUCACACUCAUCCCGGUGCUUCGGAAGUUCUUGUAGUCGUACAAGGAACCAUUUGCGCUGGAUUUAUCUCCUCUGCUAACAAAGUUUACUUGAAGACUCUCGAGAAAGGUGAUUCUAUGGUGUUCCCUCAAGGGCUUCUUCAUUUUCAGCUUAACUCUGGGAAGGGUCCUGCAUUGGCUUUUGUUGCUUUUGGAAGCUCCUCUCCGGGGCUCCAGAUUCUAUCGUUUGCUUUGUUUGCAAAUGACUUGCCUUCAGAACUUGUUGAAGCCACUACGUUCCUUAGCGAUGCGGAGGUUAAGAAGCUUAAGGGUGUGCUUGGAGGAACUAAUUAAGCUUCUCUUUUGUUUUCAAAGUUUUCUUGUGUGUUUUAUCUCUUUAAAUUCAAGUUCGUCUGCCAUUCUGAUUUUUAUUUUAAUGGUUUCUGUGUUGUUAUUGAUUUCAGUGCUUCAUUUAUAAUCACUUUGGCUUGAACUAAGGAAUAAACAUUCCAUUGCAGACGUCUAA